ACUAAAACUAAAAUUGUGACCACGAAUGUAAUAGAAAAGACCAUACUGCGUGACGUUAUCAGACUGGGUAACCGAGUUGUGAACUGAUAAAGUAAACGGCACAGUAUCUGAGCCAACAGGCAACACCGAGCGGACGCGGCGCCCCGCAGCGGACGUCUGCCUACUGAGUGCACGCACAUUGACAGCUGAAACCGUCAACAAAUCAGGAAUAAUAUUCCACCGCAAUACGGUCUGCUAACCAUUCACGCUUACGACGAAAAGCGGAUAACACGUGGUCGACUAAUAAUAGCAAAACAUGUCACAUUGCGCAUGUUUUCAGUAGUUUACACAGUGCGACACAGUGACCACCGAGAACUAGCGAGCUUGUUAACACAGAGUAUAAAUGUUCAUGCCGAGUAUCUGCGAAAACGUUAGCAAUGAGCAACAACAGAAAGUGGAGAGAAUACACAGCGGCAUUAAGUGCUACCUUGAUCACGGCAGCGGCGGGGACAACCGUUGGAUGGACAUCGCCCACACUUCCAAUACUCCUAGCAGAAGACUCACCAAUCCCGACUACUCCCGACCAAAGCUCAUGGAUCGCGUCCCUCAUGAUUCUAUGCUCCGCUGUCAGUCCAAUACCAGCAGCUUACCUGGCAGACCGAAUUGGCAGAAAGAAGACCCUCCUCCUGGCGGCUGUGCCUUACAUCAUUGGAUGGAUCCUAGUCAUGUUAGCUAGCAAUGUGUCAACAAUAUAUGCGUCACGUCUAAUCUGUGGAUUAGGUUAUGGAAUUGCUUAUACGGCAGCUCCAAUGUAUCUUGGAGAAAUUGCAUCUGAUGAAGUACGAGGUGCCAUGGCUACUCUCAUCACAGUUAUGUCAAAGUUUGGAAUCUUGUCGCAGUACUGUAUUGGCCCGUAUGUAUCCAUGAUGGGCUUAGCAAGUUUCAACAUUGCAAUACCGAUACUCUUCGUAGUAACAUUUAGCGCCAUGCCAGAAUCACCAUAUUACUUUAUAAGGGCGGGGCGUACUACACAGGCAGAACAAUCAUUAAAGAAACUGCGGGGCAAACAUUACAUAAGAGAAGAACUGGACAGCAUGACGGCGUUAGUAAAUGACAACAUGAAAGAAAAGAGCCGUUGGAAAGACUUAAUUAUAGUCGGAGGAAAUAAAAAAGGUCUUAUAAUACUUUUAGGAAUAUACUUCACACAACAAUUCUGUGGAAGCACUGCCAUCAUAUCCUACGCUCAGCAAAUAUUUGGCGCCGCUGAAGGUGGAUUGGGAGCUAAGGAAUCGUGUAUUCUCUUUGGAUCCGUACAACUCAUGACCUCGGCAAUAUCUUCCCAGCUCGUCGACAGAUUAGGAAGAAAGCCACUGUUGUUGGUAUCAUCAUGUGGCGUUGGUUUAGCUAACGUUAUUAUAGGGGCGUACUUCUUCAUUAAACACGAGAACAGCGAAUUUGUUGUUUCUCUUCGAUUCAUUCCUAUUAUUGUGAUACCUAUAUUUAUAUUUUCAUAUACCAUAGGAUUAGCUACAGUGCCUUUUGCAAUUACUUCGGAAAUAUUUCCGACAAAUAUAAAGUCCAAGGCUACAUGUGUUAUACAGAUAUUCGUGGCACUGAUGACAUUUGCAGUUACAAAAUUGUACCAAGUGGUAGCUGAUUAUUUAGGUAAUUACGUCGCAUUCUGGGGCUUCGGACUAUUGUCUGUGGCUGGAGUGAUAUUUAUUUUAAUAUUGUUACCGGAAACAAAAGGGCAGUCAUUUGCGGCCAUACAAGAGAAACUGUAUUCAACAAAUGAGAAGGUAGUAUAUGAUAAAAGUGACGAUCAGUUGGGGAGAGUUAGAAUAAAUAUCUGACAUUGAAAUACACUCGAAUGAUCUCCAAUUUUAUUUUAAUACUUAAAUAUAUUACUACAAUUAAGAUUUUAUAUGUAAUAAUGAUUAUAUUUGUUACUAGGUACUUAAGAUUAUUUACUUAAUUUAUUAUAGAAUUAUAUUCCGUCCUCUUGGUCAUAAUCACAUACAUAUAAUUUGUAAACAUCUUUACAUAAACACUAAUUAUUGUGUAUACAAAUGUUAGAUUGAUAUACUUAUAAGUAACUUCAAUGACAAUAAUAAAGUAUCUCUAUUUUAAUAUGAUUCAUAUUUGAUAAACGGAAUACUGAGACCGUAAAAUAAAUAUUAAGUAACUUAUAAAUUAUCUUAGAUAUCAUCUAGGGAACGAUUCAUCAACCAUUCAUCAGAGCAACGAUGAUGCAGUGGUAUGAAUCUGUUAUUAUGUGGUUAUGAGCAUUGUAAAUGUUGCAACAAAGUAAAGUUGUAUAUGGAUUAGUCUAUUGCCUUUUAACUACUUAUCCUUUACCACAUCAACAAUGUUGCACAUUGCUGCAUACAUCAUUUCUUAUAAUACCUAUUUAAUCAUAUUAUGUUAUCAAUUUUACAUUGUGUUCUUGUGGGACCAAAAUAGACUUUCAGUCUCGAAUAUACAGGUUACUGGCCUCGAUGUAAAGGGGGUCUGGUCUGUUCACAUGGAUCUAAUCUAAAUGUUAAAAACAGACUAAUAGCAUAAGCCGUAGUUGACAUGGGUGAUAUCAAUUACUUUUAAUAUAUUUUGUAUACGCAUUACCUUGUAAUAUAUUUUGCAUUUUAAUCACGGGUAUCCCUAUAGGGCGACCAUUUCACACUUCAUUAAGUCACUGGAAUUGUACUACACCUGAAUGUUUGUAAUUUCUUAUUGUAUUAAUGUACUUAGUACAGAUUAUAAUUACUGAGUAGGUAAUAGUAGUAGUAGUAGUAGGUGAUACGAAAUGUUCUGUAAUAUUCCAGCAGUUUUACGAGUUCAAUCUGUAGAUCUAUCUCAACUCGUAUAUGUUUUGUUGUUUGUAUUAUAUGGGUAUAUGGUAUAUGAAAAUCAGUUAAGUCCAUACCAUUUGUUACGAUAAUAGUUAUUUUUUAUUAUCUAUAUCCUAGGCUAGGAAUUACCUAUAGCUAGGCUAGGCCAUGCUCAGUGAGCUUAAAAUCCUCAUAAAACGAUAAUUUCAGGGACUCCACUAUAAGUUCCCUAUAUUUAAAUAAAAAUCACAAGUAAAAAAUUGCAAAAGCUUUUGUCAGUUUGAUCACGGGAUAGUAUAGUUACCAUAUCUUUAGUUAAUUAGUAUGUGAGAGUUGUUAAGUUUUCAAAAGAGCGCGCAUGGUCAUAAACCGACCAAUGUGAUCACUUCCGUUAAUAUUAUUCUGGACAUGACAAUUCUUCCAAAAAAGUCUGAUAGUUUUCCUUUAUUAAAACGAAAAAGUAAUAAAGGUUGACACCCAUAAAACUCUUUAAGUUGUAAUUAGACGUGGGAGAAGUUAACGUAAAGGUUACCCAAGCAAUUUAAGUGAAUACCGCCUAAAUCAUAAAUCUUAAAUUUUUAUGACAGUCGCAAUUUGAGUGAGUAAUUAAAAGCAAUAUAUUUUUUUAGUAAAAAAGUGUUUUCUCAGAAUUUGUUAUCUGUACAUCUACAAUUCUAUAGUUACUUAAUGUACUAAUUUCGCUACUGAAGUAAGAAGAUUAUUUAAACGCAUUCAUUAUUCAUCAAAUACUGAAUAGUCUAUGUAUAUUUCAGGGCCUGAUUUCUAUGAAAUUUAUUUUAUUUAAAUAGAAUAAAUAAAUAAUAAAUAAAUAGAAUAAAUAAAUUUCUAUUUAAAUAAAAUAAAUUUCAUAGGCACAAUUUUAUACCAUUUUGUUACUGUUAUAAAAUUAAUAACGGAAAUGUGGGUUAAUUUAUAAUUUGAAUUAUUAUCUGUAAUUUCUACAUACUCUCUAUUAAUGUUUUUGGGGGGCCUAUAAUGAUCAUGAUUAUUAAACUUCAUACAUGGUCCGCUAUAUUAUAUCCUAUAAAAGGAAUUCAAUUGAAAUGGAUUUUUGUCGUUAAUUAUUAGGUAUUUUUAUAUAUAGUACCUAUUGUAAUGAACGUAAAAAUGAAGAGAAAUAAUGUUAGUGGUAGAUAGAAAUAUUUUUUUAAAUCCUGAUUCAUAUGUAUCUACUUAAGUACAAAAUGAUAGAUGUAAGUCAAAUGCAAUCGUUAUAUAUAUAUUACUAUUGUUAUAAUUAGUUACAUGAAAUAAUUUUAUAAUAUAAAUAGAAAAACGGAAAGCAUUUACGUACUAUUGUAAUUAAAUUGUUAGCAAUUUGUCAAACUUAACAAAAAAAAUAGAAAUAAAAAAUCUACCAGUUGGAGCUGUAAUAAUAAUUUUAACCUAAACAAAAGUUAUUUUACUGACUCUCCUGACUGACUGAAAUUAAAAGGCAAACAUCGAUAUUAAAUCAAAAAUUUAUUCGAGAGACGUAGUUCGCCCCCUACCACGUUGGAUUUAAAUAUUCCCAACUUAUAUAUCUUGAAAACGUGAAUGUGGGCACGUCAAGUGUUGCCUUUAUCAUGAAGUGGACAGGUGUUAUUUAUUUUUUUAUUUUUUGUAUGAUAAUGGAAGCUUCCAACCGCCUGCGUUAAUGAUUUACGCUGGCGAAGCACUAAUAGAGUAUGAUAAAAUGAGAGCAUGAAGUCAGGCCGUUAACCCAUCUUGACAAAUUCUCCGAGAAUUUGUCAUGAUGCCAGGUGGAACGGCGUCGAAAACAACCUGAGAUGGUACAUUGCUAACAAUGUACCAUCAUACAUUGCUAACAAAGGGUGAACAGUCC